CUUCUCCAACACCCUCCCCCCUCCUCUCUCUAAAAUAAACACAAACUGAUUCAUAGCACCUUUGCUGACACAGAAUAAAUUAACUUUCCAAUCAAACAGCCUAAGGACAAGCGUCGUCAGGAACUCUAUUAGUCCUUUAAAUCAGAGGCCUAGUUUCAUUGGUGCUAGUUAUUUUUCCCCCUCUCCUAAACCGUCAGGCAAGGGAGAAGUAGGAGUUUAAAAUUCUGGCUAGGGGCCGGCGCUGUGGCCUGGCUGGUUGAGCUGCUGCCUGCAGUGCUGGCACCCAUAUGUGCACCAGUUCAAGUCAUAUCACUUGGCAGGGGAGGGGUAGUGGGGGUUCUUUUAAGGGUACUUUAAGAAGCUCCUGGAAAGUGGAAUUAAAAGAUAAAUUUGUUUUGGUGCAAAAAAUAUUGAAAUCCAUACAUAUGAUGGGGUCUUCAAAAAGUCCUUAGAAAAUGUGUAUUAUGAAAAACCUUUGCAUUGAUUUCAAUGGUUUUUGCACUAAAAUAAGUCAUUUUUUCCAUUCUUCCAUGAACUUUUUGAAGUACCUUCAAAUACAGGAAUGGACAAAUAAAACCUUUGUCCAUUUCAGCCAAAUGUGCCUACUAAGAAAUUCUUAAAUGGUGACCAGCUGCCUUAGUUUUUUUUUGUUUGUUUGUUUGUUUUGUGUAAGAUUUUAUUUAUUUGAGAUGCAGAGUUAGAGAGAGAAACAAAGUCUUCUGUCUGCUGGUUGAUUCCCUGUGGCUGGAGCUGGACCAAUCUGAAGUCAGGAGCCAGGAGCUUCUUCUGGGUCUCCUGUGUGGGUGCAGGGGCCCAAGCACUUGGGCCAUCUUCCACUGCUUUCCCAGGCCAUAAGCAGAGAGCUGGAUUGGAAGAGGAGCAGCCGGGACUCGAACUGGUGCUUGUGGGAUGCCAGUGGCACAGGUGGAGGCUUAGCCUGCUCCCACACAGCGCCAGUCCCUUGCUGACUUAGGUCUAAGCACGUGUUACAGUUCGUCCUUUCUCUGGAGCCUUCAGUGAGACUGGUUACUUCAUACCGGAGGGGCUUCCUACUACAUUGAUACUUUCCAGAUACUGUAUUAAAAUGAUAAAUUUGCAAGUCUCAGAACACAGCUGCAGGUUGAUGUCUGAAAAGAGAAAUGUCUGGCACUCUUGCCGCCUAGGCGGGUCUUGGACGUGCAGGAGGAAUGCUCACAGCAGCCUGGGGGGCCAAUGCAAACCCCCUUUCUACCAUUUUGCAGGUAAGGACUGGCAGUGAUUUGCUCGCUCCCAGGGCUGAGCCUCCACCUUGGAGCUUUUCUAAUCUAACCCUAACGCUCUUCCUUACCAUGGCUGCUGGAGCUGGCAUUGCAGGUAGGGUUGUGCACUGAAAGAUCUCAAGGUAAAAAAAGAAAAUGUUAAAAUGAAAACUUCAUUAGAAUUAAAAGCUUUGGAUAAAAUGUACUGUGUGUGCAAAGCAUUGCCAGAUGUGUGUAUUCCCAGCUGUGUUUUCAUCUGCAGAGGAGAGAGAAGGAGACUUGUUUAACUUGGGAUAGAGUCGAUGAUGAACUUGUUUGGUCUCUACCUUGGGCCUUGCUGUCGUCAGUAGCCCUUCUCUUGCACUUUCUGUGAUCCCUGCCUCCAGAUGGUCUCCCCACAGCCCAGGCCCUGCAGCAGAGAAUUUUCACAUAAAGUUAGACGCUUGGUUCUCUGUCUCCACAGGUUCCACACCUGGGGAUUCAACCAACUGUGGAUAGAAUAUAUAUAUAUACACACACACACAUACACACACACCAUCACACACACACAUAUAUAAAGAUUUAUUUAUUUAUUUAAAGAGGCAGAGGUUGAAAGAGAGAGAGGUCUUCCAUCCACCUGUUCAGUCCCCAGAUGGCUGUGACAGCCAGAGCCGGGCUGAUCUGAUGCCAGAAGCUUCUUCUGAUUCUUCCACACGGGUGCAAGGGCCCAAGGACUUGGACCAUCUUCUACUGCCUUCUGAGGCCAUAGUAAGGAGCUGGGUUGGAAGUGGAGCAGCCGGGACUCCAACAGGCGCCCAUAUGGGAUGCCACAUGCAGGGGGCGGCUUUACCUGCUACGCCACAGUGCCGGCCCAAAACUAUAUUUUUAAAAAAUUGCUUCUGUACUGAAUAGAGAUGGUGUUUGCAUUAUUUCCUAAAUCAUACAUUAUAGCAAUUUAAGUAGCACUGCCAUUGUAUUGGAUAAAUAAUCUAGAAGUGAUUCAGAGUUUAGGGGAGGAUGUGCAUUGGUUGUGUGCAAAUGCCGCACCAUUUUAUGCAAGAGACUGGAACAAUCCCAGUGCCAAGGGAUGCCCGUGACUCCAACCGGAGACAGGGUGAGCUACCUGCUGGUAGCUUGUGAGCCGAUGCCAGAGGAGCUGCUUCUGGAAGGCCUCACCAUUGUGGGCUGAGGGGCUUCCCUCGUUGACUCACGGGAAUGUGAGGAUGUUAAGGCUGAUGGUGGCUAACACCAGGUGCAUCCACAGUGUUUCUUUCAUUAAAACAACAUGUGUACUUUGUUAUAGGGGUGAGGGGGUUAUAAUCCUAAAAGAGCCAACAAAAAUGUUGUUUUUGGUAUUAACUGUGUAUUGGCAACUUGAGAAAGAAAAGAGGAGGUGAAGAUUGAAAAUGAUACAAAUGAGAGUUUUCAGUGCAAGGCCCACUUAAGAAGAUUUGUGACAGGGCAGAUUUAGGAGUCAUUUCCUGGUUAGGCCGGGCUGGGGCCACGGAUUAAGUCAAAGAGGAUGUGCAGAGAGUUUAUCUGGAGCAGCGAGGUGACUUUGGCAGCUAAUAGCCAGCUCGUGUUUCCUACUAAAGCUUGUGUCUGUGUGGGCGCAACAGUGCAGGUGUGCAGUCUUGCAGGUAAGUGAUCUCGCCAAAUAAUCCUCGGGUACCAGCCGAGAAUCCUGCGAUGGUCUGGCUUGUCUGGCUAAUUUUAAUAGCUGAAGGUAGAAUUCUGGGUAAUCUACUACAAGCGGUUUAGUUUCUUGGUAAUCCAGGCUGUCUGGAGAAUUUUAUUAUUUUAGAAGAGCAGGCUUUAUUUGGGAAGCUGUUUCCUGAGUACGGAAUAAAGAGUUGUCAUGGAGAUCGAGUAAAAUGGAGAAUUCAUCCUUGUCCACAACAUUUGGACCCAGAGGAAGCUGCUCUUAUGGGUAUGGGUCAUUUCUUGUCGUCAAAACUUCAAGUACUUUGUCAGGGUUUGUCUGGUAAAAAGCUUUAUCUUGAAAAGCAAGCAUCCUAGGGGUAGGGGGUAGGGUCAUUCAAUAAUCAGUGUAUUUUUAAAAGCCAAUGGGAGUGCUGAUUUUUAAAGUAACGUUUAGGACCAGUUCUUCAGAGUCAGGUACCCUAGUGCAGCUUCUGAGUCAAUGCCAAGAACUGGCCGUCCCUCCCGAGUCACUUAAUCGGCCUCAGCUCACGUGUGGUUGGCUGAUGCCUCGCUUGCAGGCUCAGUCCAGAAUUCUUGUUCUCUGGACAGCAGACACGGCUCCAUCCUAGUUGACAAAGACGGUCCAGAGACCCUGAGAGGGAGGGAAGGGGAGACCUUGACCUUGUACUGGCUAGUUCUCCAGAAUACCUCAUUGACUGUCAGGUUUGCUCUCUUCGGAAUGAAGGUGUUGCAUCUGGUUACCUUUAAGAUCCCCCUCAGCCCCUGAUUUUACAGCUGGGUGGAGAAGGAGGUUAAAGUCGGUGAACCAGGGUAGGGAGAAGAGGAGGGGCCAAGCUGCCUCCUGGCUCAGGUUUCCGGUCCCAGCUGCUUCCAAGUCCCUGGGAGAGGGCCCAAGCUUUUCCUUCCAUUUCUGGGCCUCCUGUUUCUCUACCCCUUUCCAACAAGAACUGAACAUCGGGAGGCCUUGCUAUGGCCAAGCACCUGGGCAGGUGAGGCCACGCCGUGCACAAGACAAAGCCUCUGCUCCCCAGGCGUGACACACACAGGCCAGCGGGCGAGUUUAUGAAUGAGAGAAUUGGGAAGCAGAGGGGCUGCGAGGACAUUAAUUCACAGCUGUUUUCGUAGCCUCCUGGAGGGAGGGAAGACCGUUUUCUUUCGAUGAGUUGUGUCUUAGUGUGGGCUGCCAUAACAAAAUGCCAUGGCCAAGUGGCUUGAACUGCAGACUGACUUUAGCACAGCCCUGGCGGCUGGAAGUCUGGAGUCUGAGUUCUACUGAAGGCUUCCCGGCUUGCAGAUGGCUGCUUUCAGGGUGGGGGGUGUGUCCUGGGGGCGCUAAUGCCAUCAUGAGGGCCCUGCUCAUGAACUCACCUAAACCUAAUCAUCUUCACCGUGUGACUUGGGGGUCGGCAAUAUAGUCCGUGGUAAAUUUGCCACAGAAAACUGAAGAUGUCCAGGUGUGCACGGUUUUUAAGAGUUCGCCUAUGUUAUGGGGAUUGAAAAUGACGGUUUCCACCUCUGUAAGUGAGAAGCUUUGGGUCAGGAUGAGCUGUUUGGAAUAUGUGAAUGAGUGAGUUAUCCGGCUGCCCCAAGCUUGGCUGUAAAUGGGUCAGAAGCUGUUUAGUCUGAGCAGCCUCAUCCAGGAUGUGUGACGUGUGAGAUGCGCUAGAGUAACAGAAUUUUAGGAGAUUGCCUGGCGCCAGCCCCGUCUGCUGCUCUGAUUUGCCUGGUGGGCUGUCCAUCUCCCUGUCCGAUUCCCCACCCUCCCCUCCCUAAGGAAGACAAGUCGUUAUUUGCCACUCUUGCGCUCAGUGAUGCAACUGAGGCUUAGAAAGCAGAACACAGGAAAAGGUAUGGUUUCACCUGACUCAGUUGGGAUGGGGCAGGGCAGAUGGUGGGGCAGCAAGGCAAAAGCACAGUGCUACCAAGUCUACCAAAGAUCCAGAGAACUGGAACGUGGCAUUGAGCCUGGGAGGGAGUGUAUGGGAGAGUUGUGGAGCAUUCCAUACCAGCAUUCUUGCUUCCACUUAAUUCUGAUCUCUCUUUCUUUUAGACAGAAUCUACGUAGUUUCUAGAGAAUGCUUCUCAGCUCGUUCAGGUUCAGUACUCCAGACUUUAGCAACUAACUGGAAGUGCUGCUUUUAAAAGACAUUGGCAUUCGUUCUUUAUUAUCCUGGUAUAACAAAUGGUGUUGGUACCUCACCCAUACAUAUCUUGUCCUCACCAACUUCCACCUGCCGAAGCGUGCACUUGCUAUCUGACCGUGUCCAUAGCAGUGCCAGGAGUAAUGCUGUCUGGGAGGAGCCCCCGACCAAUGACUGGCAACGUUGGUAGGCAACCAGCCCUUGCCCUUGACCCUUGUCCCUCCAUGGGAUUGAGCUCCACUUGCCCAGGUGGUCCCCCGGUUGAUGACACACCUUCUCCUGGCUACCCCCCUUUCCUGCCGCAACACCCCAUGCCCCACUGCUGUUUCCUGGGAUUCCUUCCCAAAUAAGCAGCCUGCACUAGAAUCUUGGCUGUGUGUCUGCUGCUGGAAGAACCUUGACUGAGAACCUUGACAUAAUUUUUUGGUAAUGAUAAAAAGCACAAAUGAAAGAAGCAUAGUUGAUAAGACAUCGUCUACUUUAGGUGUAAAUAUGGAACAUCACUACCCCAAUGAAAGAAUGAACUAGCACCUGUCUGAAUCUGUGAAGAUCCAACAGGGAAUGCAGGGGCGGACAUAGCUUGAUUGUGGGAUGUGUUAGAGAAUCCCCUAAAUGCUACAAGCAGUGCUGCGCAUCAUGACAUAAUUUUAUGGCUUGGGAGCAGUUUGGUAAGGUUUAAAGCAGAACAAAAUAAAUGUAUUUCUCGAUGCUGGUAGCAAACCAAGUUCAAUGUACAUUAACACUGAAAAAAUGUUGUGUUUAUACACAAUGAAAAGUUGGAUUCUAGGUUCAGACAAUUGUAGCUGCUUUUUUUCCCCUGAGGGGGUCAUUUGAAAGUUAUACAGGGCGUGAUUCCUCAUUGUGUAGGACAACUUCUGGAAGACUUCCUUACACAGCAGUGGGCUGAAAUGUAGGAGUGAUGGCUGGAGCUUCAGCCACCAUCUUGGAGAAAGUGGGUGAAAACAAUAUGACUCCGCUGGGUGGUGAAGCUGUGAGCUAGAAGAAGUCUAUUCCCUGAUGACUUCCUGGAACAGGGCUACCCUUCCAGCCCUGGGUCGCCUCUGCCUUUGAACUUUUACAUGAGCCAGAUACAAGGGGAUCCAAAAAGUUCAGGGAAAUGGAAUUAAAACAUAAGUUUGUGUGACUGCAACACAAUUUUCAAAGGCCCUUCCUAGUUUUCUCACAGUAUACACCCUGCAUGGCCGUUGUGCAGUUAGUUCACUUGUGCAGCAUUACUUGUCACUUGUUUAAAAGCUAGGCGGCGGGGUGGGUGGUUUUACAAAGCUAGUGCUGGUGAGUUGAGAUUUGCCACUGCCACAGUGUUUCAAAGCCAGCAGGGUUUGAUUUGCUGUCCAUCCCAGGGCACAGCUUGGUGCUCGGCUUGCUCAGCCGCGUGCUGAGAGCUGCGUGGCCGGUGUGGCUGCGUGUGCUGCGUGCUGUGUGUGACGCCUCUGCUUUCCAGAGCUGAAUUCCUUUCGGAGCCCAGGCAAGGGAGGAUGAUACAGUCAGACAGAGGAGCAGCUCCGCCGGACAAGGACAGGAAGCUUUCUUCAGCAGCCAAGUCGGAAAAUGGCCUCUCCCACAUCCUGAGGCUGGUGCUGCGAGAGCUGAGUCUGUUCUACAGCCGCGACGUGAACGGAGUGUGUCUCUUGUAUGAUCUCCUGCACUCCCCAUGGCUGCAGGCUCUGCUGAAGGUGUAUGACUGCCUCCAGGAGUUCCAAGAGAAGAAAUUGGCUCCCGCCACGCACCACGCACAGGCAUUGUCCCGCGAGGUGCUGGAGCUAUUACGGGAAGCCCCGAACUCCCCUGAGAACCAAGAGCUGAGACGGAUCCUCCAGGCUCCACACUCCAAGGCCUUGCUCAGCGCCCAUGACACGGUAGCUCAGAAAGAUUUUGAGCCCCUUCUCCCCCCACUGCCUGACAACAUCCCUGAGAGUGAGGAAGCAAUGAGGAUCGUUUGUUUGGUGAAAAACCAACAGCCCCUGGGAGCUACCAUCAAGCGCCACGAGCUGACAGGGGACAUCCUGGUGGCCAGGGUCAUCCACGGCGGGCUGGUGGAGAGGAGUGGACUGCUCUAUGCUGGAGACAAACUGGUGGAAGUGAAUGGAAUUUCAGUUGAGGGACUGGACCCUGAACAAGUGAUCCACAUUCUGGCCAUGUCUCGCGGGACAAUCAUGUUCAAGGUGGUCCCUGUUUCCGACCCUCCUGUGAACAGCCAGAAGAUGGUGUACGUUCGUGCCAUGACCGAUUACUGGCCCCAGGAGGAUCCCGCCAUCCCCUGCAUGGACGCUGGAUUGCCUUUCCGGAAAGGAGACAUCCUCCAGAUCGUGGACCAGAAUGAUGCCCUCUGGUGGCAGGCCCGGAAAAUUACAGACCUUGCCACCUGUGCGGGGCUGAUUCCUUCUAAGCCUCUUCUAAAGAGGAAGCAGCGGGAAUUCUGGUGGUCUCAGCCGUACCAGCCUCACACCUGUUCCAAGUCAACCAUCUUGAUUUCUAUGGAAGAAGAAGAUGACAUGAAGAUUGACGAGAAGUGUGUGGAAGCAGAUGAAGAAACAUUUGAAUCUGAGGAACUUUCAGAAGACAAGGAGGAGUUUGUUGGCUAUGGUGAGAAGUUUUUUAUCGCUGGCUUCCGCCGAAGCAUGCGCCUUUGUCGCAGGAAGUCUCACCUCAGCCAGCUGCGUGCCACUGUGUGCUGUACUGGUGGCUGCUACAGUGCAGUGGGCGCCCCUUACGAGGAGGUGGUGCGGUACCAGCGACGCCCUGCAGAUAAGCACCGCCUCAUAGUGCUCGUGGGGCCUUCUGGUGUUGGGGUAAAUGAACUGAGAAGACAACUUAUUGAAUUUAACCCCGGCCAUUUUCAAAGUGCCGUGCCACAUACUACUCGUUCCAAAAAGAGUUAUGAAAUAAACGGGCGUGAGUACCACUAUGUGUCAAGGGAAACCUUUGAGAGCCUCAUUUACAGUCACAGGAUGCUGGAGUAUGGUGAGUACAAAGGCCACCUGUACGGCACCAGUGUGGAUGCUGUUCAAGCAGUCCUUGACGAAGGGAAGGUCUGUGUCAUGGACUUGGAACCUCAGGAUAUUCAAAUGGCUCGAACUCAAGAUCUGAAGCCGUAUGUCAUAUUUAUAAAGCCAUCUAAUAUGAACUGUAUGAAACAGUCUCGGAAAAAUGCCAAAAUUAUUACCGAUUACUUUGUGGACAUGAAAUUCAAGGAUGAAGACCUACAAGAGAUGGAGGAUUUGGCCCAAAAAAUGGAGGCUCAGUUUGGCCAGUUUUUUGAUUACGUGAUUGUGAAUGACAACUUGCAAGAUGCGUGUGCCCGGUUGUUAUCUGUUGUACAGAAGGCUCAGGAGGAGCCUCAGUGGGUCCCCGCCACGUGGAUUUCCUCCGACACUGAGUCUUCAUGAGGUCCCCUGCUUCGGGCUGGAGUUUUAGCGCUGCAGCCUUGUCGGGGAGACCUGGAAUAACGGCUGCUGUCUUAACAGCAGUACUGACCCAUGUUAGUGUGUGCAACUGGAUAAGUGCUGCAGUUCAUUAACAGUAUCGCAACAGUAUGGCUCUGUAUUAUAUUGCAAGGCUGUGCAGAGUGACACAUUUGGCAUUUAGGGAAACCUUUCUCUUUUCCUUCCCCUUCGAUGCGGUUGUGGUGGGCAUAUCAAUAACGUCACCAAGAAUGAGCGCUUCUUAGGGACUUCAGGUCUUUCCCAGAUUCAGUUAAAAGGAGCUUUCCUAAAUAAAAUGAGCAGUAUUUAAUUUCGGAAAUGCACUUUAUGAAACUUCUGUUUUGUGAAUGCCUUUUACACAAAGUAUCUACUUGGCUAACUCAGCAAGAAAGGUUAAUGUACACAUUUCAUGGGUAACAUCAACACCUCGAGAUACUGAGAUACCGCAAGCCUCCUGCAUAGUCCCUAGAAGAAAGCCACGAGACGAGGAUGCUAUGCUAGGGUCUUUUUCUUUCUUCCCCUGUAUCUGGGACCCCCCAGUAGCUCUCCCGGCCCCUUAUCAGUUCAUCUUCUGCAUCACUCUCUCACCCUACCCAUUCCAGCCCUCCCAUCGCUUUCUAUAAAGCAGAGUGUAUGACUCAUUUUUUUAAACUUAAAAAUAAGUUCCCUUUCUAAA